AUGCUGCUGAAGUCACCUCCGACGCACGGGACAGGCGGGCAAGUCUUGUCAAUGAAACAUGUUGGUGCCAAGCAUGUUUGCAAGCAAGUGUUCUGGGUGCCCGUGGUGUUCAUGCAGAUUUUGCAGUUGAUAGCCUGCAUUGCUGUGCUGGCCAUGUCUCCCAAACCUGGAAAAGCAAAGGAGGCUGAGAAGGCCACUGUCACACGUGGUCGUGGCAGGGGGCGUGGCGUUGCCAAAGCAGCUGCCCAGGGUGCACCUGCGACUGUCGUGAGUGCGGAAGGCUCUGUGAACAGCCGCCAUUUCACCCGCAUCCUGGAGGCCCUGACAGCCAUCAAGGAGAACUCCGUUCUUGGCGAUGCGGCUCACCAGCCACCGCUGGCCAUUACCGGGUCGCAGGCAUCGUCCACCAUUGCUCCGUAUGACCACAAGCUCAUCAAGCAAGCCCUGGAGAGCAAAGGCAGCUACACGUGCGGUGCCAACUUGCUCUGGAUCGACCUACUGGUAUCCAUCACGCCCAACGUGCCAGUGAACGAGGCCUCAGUUCGUAAGGGCGUUGACAAAUACUUUCCAUCGCCGGACAUCAACUGGGAGGUGGGCAAGGUUGUGAUUGGCAUUCUCCCUGCCCAGCUGGAGGUAUUGGCUGAGGGGAAGGAUGCCCCGACAGGUCUCCGGCUGCUGUCACCAGAGGAAUACCUCCACGCCUUCGUCCUCAAGGUGGCGGACAGA